AGCGCGUCUCGCAGCGUUUCACGAACGAUGACGUCAUGUGGAGGCCUUGUCUUUUUAGUUGACUGAUUUCGCGCAUUUGGGCGCGAGUUUGCUCCUCUUUUAAACACACUCUGUUCGCACACUUUACUGGGGAACGUCCGCACAUCAUGCGACACACUGUAGGCACCGUAGCACGUUCGAGAAUACAGCGCAGCAACGACGGAACACUCGAAACAACGAAGUUCUCCGUCAGUUCCAGCCGGCUCCGUAGGGCGUGCUUUCCCGCACGGCACUUUCGCGCUGCCGCCUCCUCCGGGUGGAGGGCUAUAUUUGUAGACGGUCCCCCGGACCUGCCGAAAAAGAAGACCCACGCCCAGUCCGCCGGAGAAGAUGGCGUCCCGCGAGAAGCACCAGAAAGGGCAGACCAAAAGCAGGAUUCGGCGACGAUGGGUGGCGUGUUUCGCGCUGGCCAUCGUCCAGACCAUCGUCGGUCUCGGCCUACUGGCAGUCGGAGCCGCCGACAUCGUGGUCACGCUGGACGAGAAGUGCAAGGACCGCACGGGCGCCUCGUUCCUGCAGGGUGUGGUGUGCCUUGUGUCGGGCUCCUUUGCACUUGCGGCCUACCUGCCGCGCCGGGUGCGCGCCCAUGGCCAGCCCAACCGGGUCCUGGUGGCGGUGCACGUGCUCCUCUCCUUCCUGGUGGCCAUCGUCAGCUUCAAUGUCGUCACCUGCCUUGCCACCUACACCGGGGACAAGUCUACCGCCCUGUUUGCCGUCAUCCUGUCCAAGGUGGUGCUGACGUACACCUGCCACGUGCUGGGCGGCAUCUGUGCAGGGGUGGCCGUGCCUGACCUCUGUCGCGGAGGCACCAUCGUCUCCACCGUGGACACCCUCCAGCGAGACUAUGCCUCCACCACAAAGCAGCACUGCCACGGAACGAGCGCCGCGGCAGCAGCAGCAGCGGCCGGGCCCGUCCAACUUCCCGAGGCCCGCAGCCACGUGCAGGAGGCACCGGGCACGGGUGAGAAGCUGACGGUGGUCACGCUCCCCGAGGCAGACGUCAUCUACGCAGUCCCCGAGCACAGCUACGUGGUGCGCCGGCCGGAGGGGUCGUACGCGGCGCCGCCCGGGAACAGCCGGCUCGCCCCCUUCUUCCCCACCUACACCAGGGUGGCCGUCGAGUAGACUGUAGAAACCACGGGGCGCGAGAGCUCGGUCGGGGAACGGAGGCCCGUUCGCGCUCUCGCAUUUGCUCGGGAAUGCGUCCCUGACUGUUUGGCGUCCCGACCCACCGCUGCAUCGAAAGCAAUCCCAAAGUGGUAACGAAUGACACCGCAAAAGAAUGAUGCAGGAAAACAAUGGGAAAGAUACCGUGAUAUGAUAAGAGACGCCUCACCCCCGAAAGAUGGCCCGCCCCCCUUUGGUAUGACGUGCUGUUUUUUGUGAAACACCGAAAGAUAUCCCUCUGUUAGUAACUGCAGGGCUCUGGCUAAUGGUGACCUCGGAAAACACGGUGUUACUUAACCACGGCGGGAGAUGAGUGAACAUUGCGGACUGGGAAGGACAGUCGUCCCUUCCUGCAAUCACAAGUUUUGAGGGUCACAAAAUCUAAAACUAGCAUUUUUUCAACCUUUUUCUUAUGGCACACCAAAAAUUAGCUUACCCCUUAUUUCCAUUUGAUCUGCUUUAAGUUUUAGGUGGGCUAUCUCUUGGGAUAUAACGGUAUAUGAAAAAUGAAUGUCUUUUGUGGCUACCCAAUAAGUGGCGCCAGGGCGCCCUCUUGUCGGGAGAAAUUUAAGAGGUAUUAAGGCACACGGCCGUAAACAAUCGCAAGUGCGUGAACCAGUUUGAACACUAAAAAAAGUCUGCGAGUCCACUUUUCUGCAGAACACGGCGACAGCCAAUCACGGCAAACUUUAAAAGGACACCCUCGAAAGAUGAAAAUUAUGAAGCUCUGAAGACAAUUGGACCAGGCACUCUAUGUGACGUCUGCAGUGACAAUGAGAGAUGUUUUCAUUACUCAGUGUCCCUGUCUUAAUGCCGCAUUUAGAAGGUCUAAUUGUAUUCUCAGCUCCGUCGUUCGCUGAGAUUCCUGCAUCGUCCACCGCAAUUGGCUGUCGUCGUGUGCUGCAGGAAAGUAAGCUCCGACUUUCUUUAGAGUGAAGUGCGUGGGCGUGUAGUAGGCUUUUAUUACGUGUUUUUGACGAAUAUAGUCGGUGAUAGGUUGGGAAUGGAGUAGAUUCAUCUCUGGGCUUCCAACGUUGCUCGUUGCCUUCCGCUGCGCGUUGACUGCAUGCUCACUGGACGCCCGAGUGUUAUUGAAGGUGGAAUGCUCACCCUGGACGCAGAGCUUCCGCUGCUUUCUUAACCUGUCGCCGAAUAUAGUGACAAAUGGUGACACAGUUUGGUGGCACGUUGAGUAAGGAUCUGGAGGUCAUCCGGUCAGCUCCAGUGACCGGUUGAAGCUUUGGGUCCCAAAGGUCCGGAGUCGUUGUGCAGUCGUGCCUUCCUGCCACUCGAGUUGGAGGGUAGCCGAACUCUCUCAAGACAUGGUUGUAGUUUGUCCGCUUUGGGGCUCUUACGUCUGCCAUUGUUGUCUUUGCACCUUACUGUUUUUCCCAAGACGUGCACAAACUCUGUGCUGCAAGGUAAUCAGGGUGAUGGAGGUUCCUUUCUCCUGUCGCUUGCGUAGGUGUCUGUCUGCUUCGUAGGUGCAAUCGCCAAAGUGCCCGAGAAUGCCUCUAAUAGACCUUUUUUGAAAUUCAGUCUGGCAACUUUGGUCACCGGUAUCAUAUCGGUGCAUGGCAUCUACGUCGAACCAAUUGCGGCCUUCUGGAGGCUGAUGAGGGAAGAAGUUGGAGAUACUACAAAGCGGAAAAUAUAUGAGGCCUGUAUGUUCCAAACGUCAGUACAACGUAACGCGCAAUUUAGAUACAAUGGUUGUGUAAGCGUUAAUUUUGGACUGUGUAGUCCAAUCAAUCACAGAGCGCAAGUUCGUCUGCUUCUUGCACAGGGGUUGCAAUAAUGUCAGAAAACUGUGCUUUUAUUGGCUGAUUGAAAGAAAUAGUGCGUAGACCUGAAGGCACCUAGCAUUGAGGUCUACCCACUGUCCUUCCACUCAGAGCUCGGCGUUAUUUUGACAUCACCGCAUCCCCUGCGCAAGAAGCAGACGACUUGCUGUCCGCAUUGGCACCAGUCUGACCCUAAAGCCUUUUGAUGGCGAUAAUUUAAUCGAAGAGCUUAUGGGUCUUUGUCUUGUACUGGUCAGUUCCUAUUUUCCCACAUUGAAAGUGAAACAUGAGAAUUAAUUACGAGGUUAUCGAAGAACCGAUUCUCAUCUUCCAUUGACGUGCGAAAGGGACGGUGCUCAAUGAAACACAGUUUCAUGACCGCAAUUAGUUUGUUGAAAGUGAAAUUGCAUUUUCAACCACCAGAUGGCACUGAAUUUUGAAAAGGGUCUAUUACAUUUUGCUGUCUGGCUUCAGUGAUGCCGCUUUGAUGGCACUUAUUGUGCGACAAACAGGAUUUGUUUGUUUCUUGCCCCGUUGUCCAGUGGUUUCUUUGACACAAUGUUUUACAAUUUGUCACAUUUUUCUGCCUUUGUUUCGCUGGGUUGGUGUUUGUUAAUUGUGCGAUAAAAAGCCAAGUUUCAGCUCCCUUUGAACUUUGUUUUGUUAUGUUUUUACACUAGUAAAGUCAGUGAGACACUUUUUGUCGUGGCAACUUAAAGUGAAAGUCAGUGCCCACAAGCUGGUGAAAAACUAAAGGGCGAGGAUGUUUCGUGUUUCCUUCGCAUUCUGCGGAUUUCGAAAUUAUAGAUAGCAAAAAUUUGUUAAAUUGCAUUUAUAGCACUCUGCACUCAGAGGUACUAAACAGUCACAACUGCAAAUUACUGAAUGCUUCUUUAAAAGGGAAUAAUUGAGUCACUAUGCACGCAGUAUCGGUGUGUUCGAGAGCUUACGGGACCUCUGGUUUUUGAACUCAUGGUUUUAUACCGGUGAAUCUGAAAACUUAAACGUGCUCAUCUUCCCGUUAUAGCUGUGCCUCCACUUGUAUUACUUGCCAACGUUUGAUCUGUCCGAGAUUCACCAAAUGACCUGCAGCAUUGUGAAUUGGAAAUCAUUUGGCUGCUGUAUCACCGAAUUAAUCCACAAACACUCAUUUUUGACAUUGUUUUUAAUUUUUUGGUUUGCUCACCUGUUGUAGACACAUGAAGCGUUAGACACAAUGUGCGGAAUGGCUUCUGUUGGAGCAAGUUUGUAACGAAAAGAUACCAAAGUACUAUUUGUGGCAUCGGCAAUUGCCUCAAAAGGAUCGUGCCAAUAAACCACGAAGUAGUGAUCGGAACUUCAUUGUAAAUAUGCCACAUCAAAGUUUUGUCGCUUCUCACCUAGCCAAGACUGCCUCAUUCACUGCCAAUGCUUUGGCGCCAAAGAAGGACCCUGGGUUGUAAAGAAGUGCCUGCUGUCGGUAUACAAGGCCACGGGGCCACACUGGUGUAUGUGAUGUGUUUGUUCAAGCCAGGAAGGCAAUGCCAAAAAGAAAUUGCGUUUGCAACAUUUGGGUACUAAAGAUGGGUUUUGUUUAAUCCUGACUUCGAAUUUGUACAUAACGUAGCUAUCAUGACAAGUAGCUGGGUUGAAAGCAAUUAUGGCGAUUCAGGAAGGACAAAUAUCUUGUCUUUACACACAGCUACAGGGCAGAGGUGUCUCUUCUUUCCCUUCACUGGAGACCGUUGCUGCUUGGUUUUUCUAGGAGACGAGCAGGAAGUUUGAAAGAUGUUGCUUGCCUUCUAGCUUGCGAUGGUUGUUGAUGAUGCAGACCUUGUCCAUACUUUUACAAAAACAGUGAAGGCCACACACCCUUCAUGUAGUCCUGCUGGGCCAACCUUAGUUCCUGUUUUGUAGCAAGAUCAUCCAUUUGUUUUGUACGCUCCUCGACUGCCCUUGAUGUUACAACUUCUCAGUACUUAUGUGUGAAAGUAGCUUGUAGACUUUUUGAGCAAGCUUUUUUUGUUAUUGUUGGCAUUGUUUGUGUUCUUGUUUGUGAGCAUUGUUUUUGUUGACUGGAAAGUCCCCCCAACCUCUUCAGAAUACUCAAUUCUGAUUGUGUACGCCAGCAUCGUUUACUGCUGCGACGUUUACUUUUGGCGAGACCAACAUUAAACGAUGGUUCUUCGA